AUGGACUCCCUGGAGCGGCUGAUGAGCGCCGCCAAGCCCAUUCACCCAGCGCUCGUUGGUGGCGCAGGCGGAGGAGGAGGCAGCGUCGGCGGCUCGCUGCCCCGCAGGGCCCUGGUGCACGCCAGCCUGGCGACGACGGCCGCGGUGGGGAGAAGGGGUCGCCACCUAACGGGCACGUUCUGUCUAACAGGGGACACCAUGGAGGGCAUCAUACAGUGUUUGGUGUUCCUCAAGGCCUUUUCGAUCCGCAUUCUGCAAUUUAAAUGUUCUAG